UUCCCCUCACACCAAACAAACCCUAAGCAUUACCCUUUUCUCUCUCUAGAGGAAAAAAAGGGGGAAAGAAAAAAAGAAAUAGUGAAAAGUUUUUCCCAAAAAUAAAAAAUAGGAAAAGGAACAGUGAAUCAAAUUAGGGCUUCAAAUCAGAGCUCAAUUUCUCUCUUUUCCCUUCCUUCCAGUUUCUCUCAAAUUAAAACACUUCUCCUGCUCGAUCUCCACUGCAAUGACGUGGUCGCUAUAAAUUCUGUUAGAGAUCUGGAUGGGACAUGAAAAUAAGGGGGAUUGUGUUGGGGUGAUUGGAUUGAGGAUUUGUUGAUGGAAAGUAGCACAAAGAAGUCUGGUGGUGUUGAAAUUCCUAAGAGAAACCGUUGUUUGGAUAUUGAGAGCCUUUAUGAAUCGAGGGUUUCUAAACUGGGAGAGAGUAAGAAGAAAGUUUCUGGCCAAAAGGACCAUGAAGAUGUUAAGGAGAAGAAGAGGAAGAGUAGAAAGGAGGCCCCUUUGAGUUGUUUUGAACCUGAUGCUAAGAAAAGUAGGAAGGAAGAUGUAAAUGGUGUGAAAUCGAAGCUAGGUUUUGGUCAAAAAUCAAGUGGAAGGAGUAAAGGGUUGCAUGGCGUCUCGUUAACUUUGGGUGACACCGGAAAUACUUUUAAUAUUCCAAAGCGUCCGCGAGGUUCACUGGGAUGGAAAAAAUUGGUGAGUGAUCAAGUUUCUGCGUCGUUGAAACUUCCUAAUUCUGUUGAUGGUGGAGGAGCAUUUAAAGAUGAAGUUAUUAAAUCUGAGGAUGAGGCUGGUGCCAGCAGUGAGGCUGGCCCCAGCGACCGAUUGGUUCGGUUAGUUACCCUUUCCACCGAUGAUAAUGGUGCUUUAAAUUCAAAAUCUGUGGGAAAAUUCAGUGGUUCAAAGUCAAAAUCAAGGCAGAAAGCAGAUUCAAAAUCCACUGUAAACUCUAGUAGUUCCAAUGUGAAAUUAAAGCGGAAGGCGGGAGAUGAAGUUAAGGAAUAUAGAAAUGGUCGAUCAGGUUCAGUUCAACACACAGUGAAAGAAUACAAUGUAGUUGUAAAUAAUGGAGAUAUGUCGCCCAAAAAGCGGCAGAUUAAGAGCAGGAAGAAAAAGGAUUUAGUAGGUGGUGUAGAUGGCAGCGAAGCCUCAAUGAAAAAAUCUGAGCCCUCUGUGGGUAGUUCAGUCUCGGGUAGUCUCUUCAUUGACUUCCUAGAGGAUGAUGAGUAUGAUGAGGAGAACCUCGAACAGAAUGCUGCAAGAAUGCUCUCAUCUCGAUUUGAUCCAAGCUGUACUGGUUUCUCAGCAAUGAGAAAAUCUUCAGUAUCUCAGACUGCUGAUGGAUUCUCUUUUCAGGUUUCAUCUGCUCGUGAUACUUUGAGGCGACAGCCUCACUCAUUGGGUGGGGAGUCUGCAGCUGCUUAUGAUAGGAGCAGAACUCUGAGACCCAGAAGAGAAGAUAAAGGCAAGGGCAUGUCUAGGAAACGCCGUCAUUUCUAUGAAAUUCGUCCCAGAGACCUGGAACCAUACUGGGUUUUGAACCGGAGAAUUAAAAUCUUCUGGCCACUGGAUGAGAGUUGGUAUUAUGGCCUUGUGAAUGACUAUCACUCUGAAAGUAAGCUUCAUCAUAUAAAGUAUGAUGAUCGAGAUGAGGAAUGGGUCAAUCUUCAAGAAGAGAAGUUCAAACUCUUGCUUCUCCCCAGUGAGUUUCCUGGCAAAACGAAAUCUAGAAAAAGAUCUACAAGGGGCAAAGAUUUACACAAAGGACAAACAGUUCAACCGGCAGAUGAUGACAGCUGCACAGGGAACCAUCUUGAUUUGGAGCCCAUAGCAUCAUGGCUAGCUAGUCAAUCUCAACGCGUCAAAUCUUCGAAAAGACAGAGGACUUCGCAACAGCACAUGCCAUUGGGCUCUUCCUUGUCAUCUGAGAGAGCUGACAACUCGAAUAGCGAUGUGGCUGACUCAAAGAUAACUAGAAAUAAGUCAGAUUAUGAGUCUACAUCAGUGGAUAACAUAGCUGCUCGUGGAACAGAUGGUGAAACUCUGCAGGGAGCUGCCAGCAGCUCCCAACGUGUCAAACAUGUGGUUUAUGUCAGGAAGAAGUAUCAUAAGAGAAAUGAAGGAGGUAGUUUUGUGUCUAAAGAUAUCAAAGCAUGUGAUAUUACUCCACAGAUAGUUAGUCCUCCUGACCCUGUUAUGAUUAGCUUUCCGACUAAUAAGGAGGGCAAGUUUUAUAAUGGUUGUGUGGACUCUGAGCAAUUGUGGUCUUUUGAUGAUAAAGGAAAAUUAAGAUUAAAUGAUGUGUUGUUGGAGUCUAAACAGUUCACAUUCGAGAUACGCCUACCUGUAUUGCCAUGUCUGGAGUUUUCACGUGGAACAGAGGUUUUGUGGCUGCUGCAUGACAUAUUUAUGCUUCAAUAUGGGGUGCUGGUGACUACCUCUGCGGCUGUUAUACUAGAGAUACUUUUGAUCGACAGUAAUCUUGGAUUGAGAUUUCUCCUAUUUGAAGGCUGUUUGAAGCAGGCUGUAGCCUUUGUCUUCCUAAUCUUGAUUGGCUUCAGUGAAUCUAAUGAAAGCUGGGAUGGCGACAUGAAAUUACCAGUGACCUCGAUAAGGUUCCAACUUUCUAGUGUUCAUGAUCUAAGGAAGCAGCAUGUAUUUGCGUUUUACUGUUUCUCCAGACUACAAAAUUCUAAGUGGCUUCACCUGGAGUCUAAGAUUCUGCAGCACUGUCUUCUUGUUAAACAACUACCACUCUCGGAGUGCACAUUUGACAACAUAAAGGAACUUGAAUGUUGGAGUAUUCGGCAAUGCAAACAACGUGCGGGUUUAAAACUCUCCUCCAGUGAGGGUUUCAAGAAGAAACUUGUUACUGGCAUUUUGCCGAUGAGUGCCCCCGGAGAAGCCUGUAAUACAAGAAUGAGUCAAUCUGCUUUUACUCUGGCUGCAAAGCCUGGAAAAGUUCCUCAAUUUGCUCUCUCAUUUUGUGCUGCACCAACUUUCUUUCUCACUCUGCAUCUCCAGUUACUCAUGGAACAUAGUUUUGCUUGGUUUAACCUCCAACAUGAAGAUGCAUUAUGCUCACUGGAAAAUUCAGAAAAUGGUGACCAACUAGUUGCAGAGUGCUCUCAACUUGAGGCCAGCUCAGUUGCUGUUCAAGAUGUCCCAGCUGAACCUGAAAUCAGAAAGAUGGACGCAGAAGCUCUUACUUUCCAGGGUUUGAAAAGUUGUCAACAAGAUUUGGGAAUGGAUAUCAUCUUGGCAAGCAAUACUGUCGAGAACACCAACUCUUCUGAGGAACUCCAGAAGGGUAAAUCAGACAAUGAUGGAACAGCAUGUUGUUUGAAAGAAUUCACUGAAAUUACACCUGAAGUUAUUGCUCAACCACACCAGUAUGAGCCUAUGAAGGAAGUGGACGAACAGAUUGUUCUAUCUGCACCAGUUUCUGUGACAUCUGCAACAUGCAAUCCCAGGAGUGAUUCCACAUCUGGUGGUAUGACUGUUGAGAUUCCAUCUCUUGAACAUGUUAAUGUGCAUUUUGAUGGAAAAAGUUGUAUAUCCAGACAGACAUCUUGUGGGGUUUGGAAUAUACAUGAUGGCUUUGUUCAUAACCCCAACCCUACUGGGUCCAGAAGUUCAUUGCAACGCGGUAGAAGCAGCUCAAUUUAUUCUCCUCUUGGACAUCACUCUCCUGUAUGGCCUGAUGGCAAUCCGAACUUGGUGUCCAGUGGAUUGAGUAAUGGACCGAAGAAGCCACGCACUCAGGUUCAGUACACAUUGCCUUUUGUAGGCUAUGAUUUCAGCGCGAAGCAAAAAAUGCAGAACCUGAGAUCUCUACCUUGCAAACGCAUUAGGAGAGCUAGCCUGAAGAGGACAUCUGAUGGUUCUGUGAAUAACCAGAAAAAUUUGGAGUUGCUAACCUGUGUUGCAAAUAUUUUGGUCACCCAUGGGGACAAAGGAUGGAGAGAAUGUGGGGCAAAUAUUGUCUUGGAACAUGCUGAUCAUAAUGAAUGGAGAUUAGCUGUCAAACUUUCUGGGGUUACAAAAUACUCUUACAAAGUUAAACAUAUUUUGCAGCCUGGGUCAACCAACCGGUACUCCCAUGCUAUGAUGUGGAAAGGGGGGAAGGACUGGGUAUUGGAGUUUCCUGACCGGAACCAGUGGAUACUGUUCAAGGAGAUGCAUGAGGAGUGCUACAAUCGGAAUAUUCGUGCUGCUUCUGUGAAGAACAUCCCCAUCCCUGGAGUCCGUUUGGUUGAGGAAAACGAUGAUUAUGGAGCUGAAGUCCCUUUUGUUCGAAAUCCUGCAAGGUAUAUCCGACAGGUUCAAACUGAUGUUGAAAUGGCGAUGGAUCCCUCACGUAUUUUAUAUGACAUGGACAGCGAUGAUGAACAGUGGUUAAUGUCAAAAAAGAACUCUACUGAGAAACAUAAAUAUGAUGAGAUAUCUGAGGAGGUUUUGGAAAAGGCGAUAGACAUUUUUGAAAAAGUUUCAUAUGCUAAGCUUCGCAAUAACUUCACAGAUGCAGAAAUCGAAGAGCUUUUGACUGGAAUUGGGUCCGCACAAGCUGCUAAAGUCAUAUACGAACACUGGGGACAGAAGAGGAAGAAAUUUGGCAUGCCCUUAAUAAGACAUUUGCAGCCUCCUCUUUGGGAGAGGUAUCAACAACGGCUGAAGGAGUGGGAGCGUACUGCUGCUCGAGGCAAUUGUGCCUUUUCUGUUGGUAGUCAGGAGAAGGUUACUCCUCCUGAGAAACCACCCAUGUUUGCUUUCUGCCUAAGACCAAGGGGCUUGGAUGUUCCCAACAAGGGUUCAAAACAACGGUCUCACAGGAAAUUUUCAGUUUCAGGGCCGCACCAAUCUUCCACGGGGUAUCAGGACAGUCUUCUUGUAUUUGGGAGAAGAUCAAAUGGGAAUGCUUUUGGAGAUGAGAAAACGUUGUAUGCAAGCAAUAUGCAUGAUCCUUCUGAUGUUUCACCAUCAUUCCAGGCUUCAUCAACAGUGUUCUCUCCACGAGAUGCACAUUUCUCAUUGAGCACUAAUGUCUCCGAGUGGAAAGGUAAACCAAAGGUGUACAAGAACAAGCCAAGGAAGCUUGGUUCUUACCAUGCUUUUCACAGCCAACAGUUGAUUUCCCACAACCAAAGGACAACAGGGAACAAAAAUGGAGUUCAGCAGUGGAACAUGGGUUUGCCUGAAUUGCCCAGUCAGAGGCACUACUAUUUUGGAGCACAAUAUGGGCAAGGGGUUGAGCAGUUGAAUGGUUCAGAUCUUCAUGAGUUUCGUUUACGUGAUGCAUCGGGUGCUGCACAGAAUGCACUUAACUUGGCUAAGCUCAAGAGAGAGAAGGCUCAAAGAUUGCUCUACAGAGCAGAUUUAGCAAUCCACAAAGCUGUGGUUGCUCUAAUGACUGCUGAGGCAAUGAAAGAUUCGGCUGAGAACUCAAAUGGCAUCAAUUAGGUGAUCAAUAGCUUCCCAUCAGCUGAGGGCAUGUAGCUUCUGGAAGUCGAACAUCUAUGCAGACCCAGCUCUGUCUUUCUUGAGGAAGUGACCUCUAUACUGGUCCAACAAAUAUAAUAUUAAUUGCAACGUCAUGGCUGUGCGGAUUUUGGGGAUGGAUAUUACUACUUCUGCUAGUAUGAUACAAAGUUCUCCUGCACACCACGUGUCAUCAUCAAGGCAGUUUUGGUUCAUGUUGCAAGCUUUUCUGAUACUUUUUCCCUCGAGUGAGCUUCUUCAUUUUUUGCAGUUAAAUGCAACACCUUUGGUUCUUGUGCCAGAAAGGGGUGUGGAAUUUUGGUUGUCAACCUCUGUACAUAAUGUUCUUGCCUUCUAUCUCUUUUUUUCUUUUCUUGGUACUAGUAAACCAAGUAACCUUAGUUUAGUGCUUGAUACUGAAGGAGCUAUUGGCCCAAAUAAUACUAUACCUGUGUUUGAAUCACAUUAUGAACUUGAGAUAAUCUUUGGUGCCGCAACCUUGUUGUAUUAAGCAAACAACUACGUACAGAGUAAUGGAGGAAUUAUAUGCUGUAA